AUGAUCAUUGAGCGAUCAACCUCUGAAAGGGCGUCGCCGGUAGUCCUGGUGCGGAAAACGGUUCGAUCUAUGUGCAGCUAUUGCACGACGCCAACCCAGAAAUUGAUACGAUGCUGCAAAGCCUACAAGGUCGACGAUCUUCCUCAACUUGACAUGGAUUCGAGUUAUUGGCAAAUUCUCCUAUCGACUGCAGCAAAGGAGGCAGGUGCUUUAACGACGUUGACCACAUUACAUGCCGCGUUCCAUCGCUUCAUGGAUACACUGUUUCAUGGCUUGAAGAAUAAGGAGGUGUUUAUAUAUGUACAUCGAGGAUAUCCUUAUUGCCACGACUUCAGAAUCGAGACACUAUGA